AUGAUAUCGGCCUUCUUCAUCUUCAACCAAAAGGGAGAAGUCCUGAUAUCGCGGCUUUACCGUCCUGAUUUCAAACGGUCCAUUGCCGACGUAUUCCGGAUACAAGUCGUAUCGAAUAGCGAUGUGCGGUCACCAAUUAUUACCCUCGGUUCCACGAGUUUCUUCCACGUCAGAAUUAACAACUUGUAUGUUGUUGCGGUAACCAAAACAAAUGCGAACGCUGCUCUGGUCUUCGAGUUUUGUUACCGAUUCAUCAACAUUUGCAAGUCGUACUUUGGCAAGAUUGAUGAAGAGGCAGUGAAGAACAACUUUGUCGUGAUAUAUGAGCUAAUCGAUGAAAUCAACGAUUUCGGGUACCCUCAAAAUAGUGAAAUCGACACUCUCAAGUCCUACAUCACGACGGAGAGCAUUGUGUCGACAUCCAUUGCCACAGAAGAAUCCUCGAAGAUCACGACUCAAGCUACGGGCGCGACCAGCUGGAGACGAGCUGACGUGAAGUACAAGAAGAAUGAGGCAUUCGUUGACGUGAUAGAAAACGUUAACCUGAGCAUGAGUGCGAAAGGCAACAUUCUCCGCGCAGACGUCGACGGGCACAUUCAGAUGCGGGCAUACCUCUCCGGUACUCCAGAGUGCAAAUUGGGCCUCAAUGAUAAACUCGUUAUUGACAAGAAUGAGAAGGGCAUCAGCGACGCAGUUGAACUUGACGAUUGUCGUUUCCACCAGUGCGUCAGGCUCAACGACUUCGACGCCACACGGACGAUUAGUUUUAUCCCUCCUGAUGGCGAAUUCGAGCUUAUGAGAUAUCGUUCAACGUCAAAUGUCAAGCUGCCCCUUCGUAUCAUCACAUCCGUGACCGAGGUUGGAACUUCUCAAGUCCAAUACACGGUGACGGUCAAGACGAACUUCGGCAAUAAAUUGUCGGCCACCAACGUCGUUCUACGGAUACCAACGCCGCUAAACACAACUUCAGUGGAUUGCAAAGUUGCGGUUGGGAAGGCGAAGUAUGUGCCGGCAGAAAACGUCAUUGUUUGGAAGAUUUCGCGGUUGCAGGGUGGCCAAGAAUGCACACUCGGCGCCACAGCAGCUCUUACAAGCACCACUACUCGACAAGUUUGGGCGAGACCACCUAUCGACGUUGACUUCCAGGUCCUAAUGUUUACUGCGUCUGGCUUGAUUGUGAGAUUCUUGAAGGUGUUCGAGAAGAGCAACUAUCAGAGCAUAAAAUUCGGUUUCCAUAAUGGUUCCGCCAUCGACAGUCUGCUCGAUAGGGAGGACGUCGCGCUCGAGGCGAUCCUGGACGAAGACGACCUUCUUCAGGAAUGCAAAUCGCAGAACACGCGACUUAUCAAUUACUUCGAGCGGGUGGACGUGUUGCAGAAGCUACUCGGGUAUGUAACGGGCCAGAUCGAGACCGAGGAGAAGGGGCGGUUCAAGUAUCCCUAUAUCGCAACGGAAGUACUGUGCAGCGAGAUAUGGUCUAUCGUCGAGACAUGUGUGAACGAGCAGAGGCAGAUACUCGUGCCCUUCUGGGAGACCGUCCUCGAUAGAACUCCUGAAGACAUGAGCACGGAGAUGAUCAUGGCUUCACAUUUUGCAAAAAUCAACUCAUUUUUUAUGACGAAAAAACCUGCGGAGAUGCUCGCAUUCAUUCAAUCGCAACCGAACAUUGUGGAAAGGCUACUCAUGCACAUCGAAACACCCUCUUUCGUCGAUCUAAUUGGGCGUAUCGUUCAGUUGGACGAGGCGAUUCCAAAUAGUAAUGUUUUAGAGUGGUUGUCUUCCGAAAACCUCAUGGGCCGAUUGAUAGACCUACUCUCUCCCCAACACUCAUCCUCCAUCCACUCAGUCGUAACAGAUCUCAUCAAAAAUAUAAUUUCAAUGGCUACUCCCUCUCCCGGGGCAGGCCUUACCGAGGGUCUCCAAAAUGGCCCAGCUUCGAAUCGUUUUGCCCGCGAACUCGCUACAAGGGAGAAUAUAGCAAAACUAGCCGAUUACAUGCUGAACGAGUUCUCGCCCGACAGCUGCAACACGCCAACUGAACACAACACUUCUGACGAAGGCUCUCGGCCUACUUUCGAUUCGUCAAUAUCUUCUGUCGUUCAAUCCAUCGCUGUUGUUAUCGAGCUAAUACGAAAGAACAACUCGGACUACUUCGAACCUUAUCUCUUUCAUACCCUACGGAAUCGGCUUAUCCAGGUGCAACAGCAAUCACAUCUAUCAGGAGAGGAUAUCCGAGCCUCUCUUGAACAAGUCAUGGCGGAGAUGGUGGCCCGGAUGGGUGUUGUCCACUUAGGUCCUGUGUUGGAGGUACUAGGUGCACGGCUGCACGACUUCCAGAAGUACCUCAAAGUUCCUAGGUCGCUGCAAGGUCCUAUCUCAACAACAAUUGGAACUAUGACACCCUUCACUUUAGAAAGAUACCGCAUCGUCGAACUCUACGCCGAGCUACUACACUGCUCCAACAUGUCUCUUCUAAAUCGCUCUACUGCCUAUGCGCACAUGUACGACUCAGAGGGUCGAUUACAAGGUGGUCUCUCUGGUCUAGAGGAACUUGCGCAAGUCAUCGCCCUCAAUAGCAGCAAUGACCGCGAACAUGACGCCAUGGACGAAGAACAAGAUGAAGUUGCGUCAUCGCACGAGUUUCCCGUGCGAAAUCCUUCUGACGACUCGCCCUCUCUCGACUCCGACGAUGACAUGAGCGAUUCGGAAGAUGAACCGGGCAGUUCAGACGAUGAAGCUAUGGAGGAGAUUGCGAUGUAUGACGACCCGCAACUCUCACCUAUACCCGUCACGAAGUCUCUACCACCAACAAUGGCAGUGGCAUCAUCUCCUGCAAGUACCGCCUCGUCAGAAAGUAUAGACCAAACACCGAUGAGUAGUAUGGCCGUUACUGUUGCGUCAAGUCCUGAUUCGGAGUCUUCGGGUAUGACUCGGCGUUCAACAUCGGGUCGCGGGUCAAGACGAAGCUCUCGUUCGAGGAGAAAACCGACCUUGGAGGCAUCCGUAGAGUCGUUGCCCGUUGGCGAGCAGCUGAAGCGGCGACUGUUGGACCAGAAGAUAGUCGAAACAAUGAUUGAUUUGUUCUUCGAGUUUCCCUGGAACAACUUUUUGCACAGCGCCGUUUACGACAUCGUGCACCAAGUUAUGACCGGAAGCGUAGAGAGUGGACAUCAUAAUCGAGAGCUGGUCACUUCUCUGUUCCGUGACGCGAAAAUUCUCCAUCGUAUCGUGGAGGGGCAAAGUAGAAACGAUCUUGAGUGCUCAAAACCAAAAGGAGUACGACUCGGCUAUAUGGGUCACCUGAUGCUCAUCUCGGAAGACGUCAUCACCGCCAUGGCGCGUUUCCCGCCCGACCUCCGUCUCAUCAUCAUCCAAUACGCCCCCGAGCCCGAAUGGGACCAAUUCGUCACCGGACGAUACAACGAGACGAAGCAGGAGGACAACCGCCUCCUUGGCGGAGGCAAACCUGUCAUCAAGACUGCCGCGAGAAACGUGUCGCAAUGGAAGGUGGACGAAGACGACAUGGCUGCUGACGCUGUACAUGCAUCUGCCCCAGGUGGGAUUGGAGAGAAUGCGCAGAGUGGUGGUGUGAGGGGAGAGUUUAGGAGAGCGGGUGUGGGUUCGUCGGGUGUAAGGUCAACUGCUGACUUUGGACCCGCGCCGAUGGAUGAGGAGGAUGACGAUGAGGAUAACGUAUCGAGUGGUCGAGCGCCACAUUUCGCAAGAUACCUUGCUCAAGAAAUGGGCUCAUCAGAGCACUUCGGAUCCUCCUCUGAUGAAGAUGACGAGGACGAAGGAUGGCUCACACAGUCGACGUUUGGCUUAACCAAUCCACCUCUGUCAUCACGGACUUUUGGCGACCGGAGACCUUUAGGCAGCGGGUUUGAUGAUGCAUUUGAGCCUGGUGGAUCCAAUACUUUGAGCAUGGCAGACGACCCCUUCAAUCCAGAAGAUGAUGACGGUUUCGGCCCCUUCUCCGACUCACCUGCUGUUACUAGCGAUGGCUUCACCUUCAGCUCUUCCUUCUCAGACGAAGACUCCUUCGAGUCAUUUGGGGAUUUCGGAGACUUCCAAGGCGCCGAGGACGGUGAGCUGACGCCGACAACGCCGGGUAGUUGGACUUUCGCCUCUUCCAGCGAAAAUGUCGCAGGAGAGGAGGGCAAGGAGGGCACGUCCACGAGUGUCGCGGAUGCGAAGUUUGAGUCAACGUUUGGGCCAUCGACGAGCAGUUCGAGCAGUUCGAAAUGA